CUCUGGUACCGUAAUUCAAAGAAAAGAGCGCACAACUUUUUAUUUUGCAACACCAUUUGCGCUAUGACGCUAACCAAUAACAUACUUUCUCUACAGUGUAAACGGAAGGAAACAAUGACGAAGAACAAUUUCCACCUUGGCGUUUUUAUUGUUAUUAUUUUGACGUUUAUUAACACCAAGUGAAUUUAAAAUAUUACUAAUUUAACUGCACAGCAUCACAUAUUUACCCCAUGUAGUCUUUAAUUCUCGUUGGAGACAGGACUUGGUUGAUAGACGUUAUCUAGGUAACGCUAGCAAGCUAACUAACAAUGGCUAACUGUAUGGUGUUUCACACUCAAAUAGUCUCCAUCAUGGAGGUGCUAGCGAAUUCAGCCGUGGCAGAGAUCAGUAAACUCGUAGACGAUGACUAUGCAGUGUUUCGUUUGGAAAUAACUCAAAGCCAGAAAGAAAACAGGGCAUUACGGAGAAAACUACAGCUACUGGAACUGAAGGCAGCACGGGAGCGCGCAGAGAGGACAAUGCGAGAGCGAUACAGAGGAAUGGCAAGAGGUGAAGGGCUUCUCACUGGAGGCCACAGGAACAUUGUAAAGCCAGCGGGACACAAUGGGUGGAGAAAUGACCAACCCAUAGCUAUAGAUGAGGGGAGUGAACCCUCAACCCAGCAUGCUAUCGUGAUCGAGUCUGUAGAUGCAGAGGCUGCAGGUCCUGGGGUCAAGCAGGAGAGUACUGAAGGAGAGGAGGACCCACAACACAGCAGAGACAUCCAGACUGGAGCAGCGACUGGAGUGGUGCCCCCUGUAGCCUCAGAGGACCUGGCCACCGCUCUGAAUGUCAAUCUCAAGUCAGAGACAGACACUGAUACUUUAAAUGUAACACACCGGCUCUUACACACAGAGUCUGACCACAGAUCAGACCCAGAGGGGCUGGGUAGACUGGGCGGUCCUCCUGCUCCUGGCUCAGAUUACUUACCGGUAUUUCAUCAGAGCCAGAGGACGGUUCAUUCCCUUGGAGAUGGUGACGUGCUCGACACUGGGGUUGAUGAUCUCUCCUGUUCUUAUGAUACAGAGAUGGACCCUGGCAACAUGUCCUUAGGUUUAGAGACACAGACUGAUCUGUCUAGAGAAGACUGGAACCGGUACAGUUGUAGUGUAUAUUCUGAAAGGUGUCUAGAUAGGAAAGGGGAGGUUAUUGUGGUAGAUGAGGUGACUGUGAAAGUGGAGGGCGAUGCUCCUCCUGCACGGAAUGCAGACAGUCACCUAGGAGACGGACACUCACAGAGCAGAGAUUUCUUAGAUUACAGGGGAAGCUUGGAGACAAAUCUAAACGUCACAACCAAUUCUCCUUUACAUGCGUUCAAGGAUCGCGACCCAGUGUCCACGUCGAUGGGGCCUUCCGGUUCACACCAUUUCGAUCAGGUAUUGAACUCAAACAACAGGGCUGGAGCCCAGGUUCAGGGAGGGAGAGCCACAUUAGGCAAUGGUAAAGAGAAACGGUUCCUCUGCAUGUUCUGUAACAAAGGUUUCAGGUGCCUCCAGAAGGUGGAGAUCCACCAGAGGGUCCACACAGGGGAGAACCCCUUCAGUUGUACCCAGUGUGAGAAGAGAUUCUCUCGCCAGGACCACCUGAAGAGGCACCAGAUGGUCCACACAGGGGAGAAACCCUUCAGCUGCCCCCAGUGUGAGAAGAGGUUCUCCCGCCAAGACCAGCUGAAGAUGCACCUGAAGGUCCACACAGGAGAGAGGCCAUUCUCCUGUACGCACUGUGGGAAGAGGUUUUCAGAGAGGAGCUACCUCAGGACACACCAGCAGAAAAUGCACACGGCCCUGGUAUAGAGUAUGGUGACAUGUAAUCAGGAUGAAAGUAAGGUGGUCCUGGUGGCGUCCUGGCAAAAUAAAUAGUGGGGGUACGCCGUACCGGUAAAACAUGAGGCAAUCACAAUAAUGCAAGCAAAAUGUCAAGAAAACUGUAGGCUAUUACACCAUUAUUUUUCAUUAAGCUACCGCAUACCUGAGGCAUGAACAAUUUGCGAAUGGACUUGAAAACCAGUGGUAUAACUUCUCCAAAAUUCGACGUGGUUUGACGGGAACACUGACAUUUUUCCAAGGCAGUGAUGAAUGGCUGACAGAGACACGUGGACAGCAGUGGAUGUAUAAAUUCUGGCCUAAUGAAAAAUCGUCAAAAUGUUAUUAGACUUUGUGGUGUUUUGUGUGACAGACGUCUCUUUCCGUUUCCAUGUUUGGGGGCUGGAAAUACAGUGCAUUCAGAAAGUAUUCAUAGCCCUUGACUUAUUCCACAUUUUGUCAUGUUACAGCCUGAAUUCAAAAGGUAUUCAAUAUUUUUUCUCUCAUCCAUCUAAACAUGUUUUUAGAAAUGUUAACUGUAUUUCAUUUAAGAAAUGUGCUAUCUAAUUUACAUAUGUAUUCACAAUUCUGAGUCAAUACAUGUUGGAAUCACCUUUGACAGUGUUUACAGCUGUGAUGUCUUUCUGGCUAAGUCUCUUAAGAGGAUUGCACACCUGGAUUGUCCAAAUUUGCACAUGAUUUUUUUCAAUUUUUCAAGCUCUGUCAAGUUGGUUGUUGAUUAUUGCUAGACAGCCAUUUAAGUCUUGCCAUAGAUUUUCAAGCUGCUUUAAGUCAAAACAUUUAACGUCAUCUUGGUAAGUGACUCCAGUGUAUAUUUGGCCUUGUUUUAGGUUAUUGUCCUGCUGAAAGGUGAAUUAAUUUCCCAAUGUCUGGUGGAAAGCAUACUGAACCAGGUUUUCCUCUAGGGUUGUGCCUGUGCUUAUCUCCAUUCCGUUAACUUUUUAUCCUGAAAACCCCCACAUUCCUUAACGAUUACAAGCAUGCCUAAAACAUGAUGCAGCCACCAUUAUGCUUGAAAAUAUGGAGAGUGGUACUCAGUAAUGUGUUGAAUUGGAUUUGCCCACAUUUUGCACAUUUUUUACAGUAUUACUUUAGUGCCUUGUUGCAAACGGGAUGCAUGUAUUGGAAUAUUGUUAUUCUGUAGAGGCUUCCUUAUUUUAACUCUGUCAAUUAGGAUAUUAUUGUGGAGUAACUCUAAUUUUCUUGAGCCAUCCUCAGUUUUCUCCUCUCACAGCCAUUAAAAUCUUAACUAUUUUUAAGUCACUACUGACCUCAUGGUGAAAUCCCUGAGCGAUUUCCUUCCUCUCAGGAAACUGAGUUAGGAAGGAUGCCUGUAUCUUUGUUGUGACUGGAUGUAUUGAUACACCAUCCAAAGUGUAAUAACUUCACCAUGCCCAAAGAGAUAUUUUAUGUCUGCUUUAAAAAUAUAUAUAUAUUGAAAUACCUAUAGGUGGCCUUCUGUGCAAGGCAUCGGAAAACCUCCCUGGUCUUUGUAUUUGAAAUUCACUGUUCGACUGAUGGACAUUACAGAUAAUUGCAUGUGUGGGGUACAGAGAUGAAGUAAUUUAAAAAAAAUGUUAAAACAUUAAUGCUGAACUUAUUUAGAUUUACCAUAACAAAGGGGUUGAAUACUUAAUGACUAAAGACAUUUCAGCUUUUCAUUUUUAAUUCAUUCGUAAAAUAAUUCAAAAAAUAUAAUUCCACUUUGACAUUAUGGGGUUUUGUGUGUAGGCCAGUGACAAAGGAAUUAAUCAUUUAAUGUAUUUUAAAUUCAGGCUAACAAAAUGUGGAAAAAUUCAAGGUGUGGGAAUACUUUCUGAAGGCAAUCCUGACCCUGGACCCUAGAUAAGAUAGACUGGGCUUACACAGCAAACCUUUUAGGCCAAUAAUAUGCUGUUUUUAAAUGUUUUUUUGUUUGCUUUAUAAUCGUGAGAGAAAUUAGUUAUACAUAGAUAGCUAUCAAGGUUAGCAGUCUUUUCUCAAAAUGAACCUCAUUGUGCCUCUA